AUGCCUCACCCGCUGCUGCCCUGUAUUUAUGUCUGCAUGCUGUUUAAUCCAGACAUAGCCACGCGGCCUCAGUUACUUGUAAUACAGAAAUGCCUGCAGCUAUUUAUUGGUUCAUCUCCGAUUAUCCAACUAGAGUCGUUUUCCAACUGGGAGACACUGGUCAGUUAUGAUCACGUGUUAGUGGCGAAACCAAGGUCAGCUGAGGAGGGAACGGAAGCACUUGAUGGCUCAAUCAGAAAUUUCACCUCCGUGACAGUUGCGGCUGGAAUUAACCAGGCAGAGUUGAUAAGCGAACUGGAGGAUCAGGGAUACGCCUUCCCCCAUGGACCCAUGGUCUAUGACGUGACAAUAGGGGGCGCUAUUGCUACGGCAUCGCAUAAUUCUAUCCAUACUGCACCUUCCAUGGGCGGCCUCAUGACGAGAGCGCGGCUAGUUGAUGGAUUGGGGAACGUCAAAGAGUUCAGCCAAGACGCAGACACGCUUGUUAUGAAAGCGUUAAGAUGUAACCUUGGACUUCUUGGGAUACUGUUUGAAAUUGAGCUUAGAGUUGUUCAACAAGAGGACGUCAUUGUUCGGAAUGUAUUCACUCCACUGAGGAACCUGUUUAACCCAGAUUUCAUCCACAACACAGUGCUUGACAACUACUUUGCAAUGGGAUUGUACGCUCCAUAUAACUCGCUGACAGAUGAAGAGGCCAAAUCAGUCUUAGAUACCGGAAAGGUUCCCGUAACCUGGAAUAGUUCUAACGACUUGGUGAUGUUACAACUAAUUAGACCAGCGUCUAGCCACGUGAAGUUUACUAUAGUUGACGAAAGACCCCAAUCUGCUCCUAACGUCACAAAGGUUUCAGUUAGCCAGGACGCCUUUAAGAAAGAGUUAUCUUUACCUGCUUACACCAAGGUGCCUCUUACUCGAUCCAUGCACUUCCCAGCUUCUUACUUCCCCUCAUUGAUGAUGAUAGAGUAUAUUGUAGAGGACUCUUCUUUCGCCGCAGGAGCUACUGCUCUUCGGGUUCUUUCGUCAGUCCUAAACGAGGCUUCCUACAAGAAUGGAGUGCAGGCGAUGGAGGAGGGUAUCUUUAAAUGGUUCAAGGGCACCGACUGCCUCAUCUGUCCUGGCUCAGUACCAGUGGGGUGGAGUGAACAAGAGGAACCAGUGGAUCAGAGCUACUUUGCAUCUUUUCACUUACACAGACGAGUAGGCUCUCCGGAUGAUGAAAAUCGAACUGAUGCAUUUCACACAGCGAUGGUGACAGCAUGGGAUCAAAGUGGUCUGAAUGGACUGCCGCAUUGGGGAAAAGGGUUCCAACAUUUUCCAAACCUGAAGCAGAGGAUCAAAAGAGGCUACGGCAUCGACCUGACCAUCUUCAAAAUAAUCAGAAAUACCCUCGACCCCGUGGGGGUGUUCACAGAUGAUUGCCUGAGACGCGUGUUUGCUGAACCUCGUUAUUACUAG